AUGGGAGCGCUUCGCAACAUCGCUAUCGCCGUCCUCGUCGUGUCCUUGAUCACCUUCGUGGCACUUUUUGGACGUCUGCCAGCCCUUAGGAGGACACCAAUAGGCUGGCUCCAGCGAAUACUCUGCCUCCAUCUACCAAAUGGGCUACGGAAAGUCGAUCGGUCUCUUACUGGGGGACGAAUGACACAUAGAAGCCAACGCCUUGGGCUAUACUUGUUCUACGAGAAGAAUCCGGCGGUUCUCAUGAUCUUCCUGGCCUUGUUGACCGGAAGCGCCGUACUCUUUCUCUGGAACACUGUCCACCGUCUACCUGCUGGGCUGCUUGUUCCAAUACCACCGUUGCUUGCUAUGCCCUACACCUCCACGUAUCUUUGUGUUACCUACAAGAAGCACUAUAUCUCGGAGCCAAACUUUCGAGCGCGCAUGGCCGACUAUCCAUACGAUCAUAUCCUCUUCCGAUCAGGGACUACAUGCCGGACUUGCAGCAUUGUGAAGCCAGCGCGAUCCAAGCACUGCGGAUUUUGUGGCUUCUGUGUAGCAAAGUGUGACCAUCACUGCCCGUGGGUCAACAACUGUCUGGGUCGUGGGAACUACCGCUACUUUCUGGCACUACUGCUCACACUUGGCAUGUUACAAAUAUACGGCGCCUAUCUUAGUUGGUGGCUCUUGCGGCCGUACUUCAACAUCGAUGGAAGUACUGGGCUUCUGUCGUGGGCUCGGAUGGAACUUCUUGGAAAUGCGCUGGUGAUAGCUGUGAACAGGGGAGGCAUUUCGAUUGCUGGUGUAGGUCUGCUUGCGGCAUCGACUGCCGCCUUGCCACUCGGAUUACUGGCAUACCACUUAUACCUUAUCUGGGCAGGCAUGACCACGAAUGAGUCGCAGAAGUGGUCAGACUGGAAAGACGACAUGCUCGAUGGUCACGUCUUCCAGGCCAGUCGGGUCGAGCUUCGAAAGCACAAUCGGCAACGAAGCGCUCCCAGGGGUGUGAAUGGCCAUCACAACCCGGCGUUAGAUACUUUCGACGACGAUGCCGUGGUCACUUGGCCACUCACCAGUGACACUGUUCUGGUGAGAACACAAGAUGGCAGACCGCCACAAGGCCAAGAACACUUGUGGUCUCGCGUCUGGAGCCUGGACGACAUUGACAACAUCUACGAUCUGGGUGGGCUCGAGAACUUCUUGGACGUCUUGCGCGGCAAGUGA